AUCAAUGGCUAAGAUGACUGGGGCGUUGAACGCUGAUGGGCGUUGAAGUCCAUCGAUAUAUAAAGUGCCAUGGAUUUCUCAUUCCACUUCUGUGAGCCUUUGGUCGCCUACAAAAUGCACUUAAAUGUGACUUACCUGAUGAAUUUAAACAUUUGUUUGGUCACACAGCAAGAUGACUUCAAUCCCCUACUUAUUUGUUUGCUUGUUUAACUCGGGGCAAUAAACCCUGAUUUUGAAACGUGCUUCUUUGUGUGUGGGGAGCGUCUUCUGAGGAGUCAAGAUUGCAAUAACUCUACGCAUACCCAGCUGGAAAUACGCCCUAUUGAGCAAAGCAGGACUUACUUCUGCGCGUAACCACGCCCAGAACCGAGGAUGACUGUAUAUAAUGGGCAAUGUCCAAUCAGAAGCAACACAAGAAUCAGAGACUGCCAAAGACGGGGAGGAGAAAGCCAACCCAGACGGGAGCAAGCCGGAUCGGGGUCCCAGUAGCACUAAACAUGAAUUGCGGAGCCGGUCCCCCAGUCUUCAGGCCCCUGAACAGAAAGCGGCCAGCCAGCCGUUGAGCAGCGAGCCAGGGGGAGGGGACAGGUCGGCAGGAGCUGCAGAAAUGGGGAAGAAUCACUCAAAAAAGUCCAAGCUGAAACUCUCGUCCAUGUGGGCCCAGAACUCGGCUUGUGGUGGGACGAAGGAGGCCAGUCUCUGCGAUAAGGACCUGGGGACAGAGAAGCGGGGACUGGCUUGUGUGGGCAGGGUUGACCUCCAGAGCAGUCAGAGCUCGGGAUCCGUUCUGCAAGAGGAAUCCAAGGGGCUGAAGGGAGCUCUGAGACCUCCCCAGGCGGCGGCCUCUGACCCCAGAGACUUGAGUACCAAAAGAGCACCAACUAAGGGGAAGGGCAAGCCAGAGAAUGUUCACCUUGCCAAGAAUGCAGGGGGGCUGCUGCUGCAGCAGCAGCAGCAGACAGAGAAGCUGGUGGAACUGGGCCCAGCAACAGACACACACAAAGAUGUCGUGGAAACGGAGGUCUGCUGGACCCAGCACAUCAAAGCAAGUGCUAAGGAAUAUUUAGAUAAUGAGGGACGGCUGCCAGAAUCACGGCUGUCGGGCAAAAAACAGCCAGCGAGCUCGGCCCACGGCGUGGAGCCUUCGAAGAUGCCUGAGGACAUGUCAGCAGGCCCUCGAUGUCUGAACGAGAAGAACGGAAGCCGGCCAGUUCCUUCCAGCUGCAUGGCUCCACCUGGAGGGAAGAAAGCCCUCUUGUCAUGGGGAUCUGGUCAGAAGGAGAAAAAGCGUGCAGGCCAGCGGGACAGCGCUCCCGGGAGUGACGGGGACUCCAGGGGCCCCUCCUUUGCAUCCCAGCUGCCUGUGGAACUUGCAAAGACACCGGGCAGUCCUGUGGAAAAGCCUCAAGACUCAGGAAGUGAUGCGAAGGCCGGGGUGAAGAGCGAGGCUCUAGGGGCGGAAGGUGUCAGCUCUGAGACUAUGCAGGAGCUGCUGGAGAAAGGGCUCAACUUCCUGUACAAAGUCACCAUCCAGCCAGGGCAGUGGCCACCCAGCAUCAAGGCUGUAAAGCAAAAAGCCGGCGUGAUUUCCUCCGGCAUCUCCUAUGCUGACGUUCUCAAGCAGUGCCCUCAGAAGAAGUCCCCCGCCGCCGGUGCCCCGGUGUUGCCUAAAGCUCUGCACCAUCUCAACACGGCGGGCAAGAAGCUCCUGUCAUUCAAAGGUCUGGACCGGAGCAACCCCGAGGACUUCUCUUCGCUUAGCCAGUUGUUUCUGGAGCACUUCAAGAAAGUCACCCCUAAAGAGCCUGCCCCCCGUGCUCCCAAUCAACAGGUGGUCACGUUCUUUGAGGAACUGUCUGCUGGCAACACCACGCGGCCAGAAUGGCAAAGACCCCGGCCUCCGACGCCAUACCCUCAGCGCCGCAAGGGGCAGGGCAGGAAGUUGCCCAAGUUCGGCACUGCAGUGUCCCAAGUUGUUGCCUUCCUGGGGAGCGAUCCAAAAUGUGAUUGGCGUGACGACAGUCAGAUAUCACUGGAUGAGGCCACAGCGACAGCUGAAGAAGGGGGCAAGGACUGCGCCGACCCACCCAGCCCUAGUGACAAAGGGGCCGAAGCGAUGGCCUCCUCUCAACCUGUUGCAACAACCCUCUUGAUGGAGCAGGAAAUGACAACGGAAGUUGAUGAGGCUCCCCAGAGAUCGCGAAGGAGGCUGCAGGACCUGGAAGGGGACGCAACUAAGUCAGUACCGUAUAAUGCUGUUCAGAGCAUCCUUUGCCCGCUGGCUGAUACCCCAUCUCUCCACAGGGAAGACCAACCUCCGGUGGCACUGCUAAGCUCAAGGCCACAUUCUCCCAGGGAGUUGCUGGAGGUGCCCAGUCCUGCCAUCUCUGCUCCUUGUGCUCCUGUGAGACUGAUUCCAGACCAGAAGGUGCCGGCUGUGACCCAAGCAAGGCCCAAGAUCCGAAAACAAGGCCCUUCCGCUCCAAAAUCUAAAGAGAAACUCAAACCUUCGGGGCAGUCCAAAGUGAAAGCACCUAAAGGGAAAGGGCAAAAGCAGUGGCCUCGAGGCUACGGAAUGACCUCCCCGCUGAGGUUAGAGGGUGUUCCUCUCUUCCCGCCUUUCGAAAAGGUUGCAAGACCUUUUUAUUUUGGCGAGUCUUUGGAGGCACCCCUUUCUCUGGAGAAACCAGCCAGCAUUGACCAGGAUGCAACCUCCGCCCAGGCUGGCCCAGACCAAGACCGAGAGGCUGAUCAAUCCCCUGCGCACCACCAGUGGCCGGCUUUCCAGGUGGCAGAUUCAUGUUCCAGGAAGUGCUACUGCAAACAUCAGGAUCAGAGGAAACUGCCCAAGAACGUUGUGGCUUGGCUCAACCCCUCUUCCAACCAUCUGACAGAACCACCCUGGGUCGCUACUGCCAUGCUGGCUGUCUCACUGGUUGCCGGGGCGAAGUUUUGCCUGGACUCUUACGAACAGCAGCGCAUUGCCAAUGAGGACUGAAUCCCAUUCCCUUCCCCAGCCUCUCUUGUCAAUAAACCCUCUAACAUCA